UUCCCUCUGAGAGAUGUCAAUCCAACCAAACAGCGAAUAGAGACAUAGAGUCCUCCUCACACACACACACACACACACAGAUGGAGGAGAAAGCAGUGAAGUCGAGGUUCAGAAGGGUUUGUGUGUUCUGUGGAAGCAGUACCGGCAAGAGAAAUUGCUACAAAGAUGCUGCUCUUGAAUUGGGCAAAGAGCUGGUCUCAAGGAGAUUGGAUCUUGUUUAUGGCGGGGGCAGCCUUGGAUUAAUGGGCUUGAUUUCUCAGGAAGUCCAUCGUGGUGGAGGGCAUGUCUUAGGGAUCAUCCCCAAAACUCUAAUGUGCAAAGAGAUAACUGGUGAAACUGUUGGUGAGGUACGACCCGUAGACAACAUGCACCAAAGGAAAGCUGAGAUGGCCCGCCAUUCUGACUGUUUUAUUGCCUUACCAGGUGGUUAUGGAACAUUGGAAGAGUUAUUAGAAGUCAUAACAUGGGCCCAGCUUGGGAUUCACGACAAACCUGUGGGUUUGCUGAAUGUAGAUGGGUAUUACAACUCCCUACUGACCUUCAUAGACAAGGCAGUGGAUGAUGAGUUUAUCAAGCCCUCUCAGCGCCACAUCAUCGUCUCGGCGCCAACCGCUGGGGAGCUUGUUCAUAAACUUGAGGAGUACGUCCCUGUGCAUGAUGGAGUAGUGGCCAAAGCAAGGUGGGAGGCUGAACAAGUGGAGCACAAUGCAGCGUUGCAGUCUGAAAUAGCGCGUUAGGCAGAUAGUAUUUUGGGUUUCCACUUUCUCGUUUUCAAAUUUGUAUUUAUUGUUAGCAAACAAAAAGAGAGAAAGGUGGAAAUUGGUAGAACAGAUUGUUAGCCUGAUUGUAUGGAAAAAUUAUA